AUGAAGGUCUCUUCAUUGCUGACAUUCCUGUGUACGACUGCAGCUCACGCACAAUACUCUGGUGACAUUGUUGCGUACUGGGUGGACCAAUCAUCCGCUCUUACCAACAACAGUCUCAUCGGCGGUCUUCAGUCUCCGCCUUCUGGUUGGCUCAACGCGAUCGUCCAGGGCGCAGUCUAUGUCGCAGCUCUAGAAAGCCAGAGCGAGGAUUUGGCGUUCCAGCAGUUGGCUGUCAGUCAUGCUGCUCAUAAUAGCUUGAACUGGAUAUUCCACGGGACACGAAACUUCGCAAACGUCUACGAUUCCAUGGCCUUCAUCGUUUCUCGAAUCGGCAUCAACGAUACAUGCGAGGAGUACGGGCGAGCCGCAGCGAUAGGACAGGCGGCUGCCCUGCGGGUCACGAAUGCUAGACAGGGUGAUAGGUUGGACAACUUUUUGUUGUAUGUGUUUGGACCUAUGGAACCAGGCGUAUAUCAGCGGACGCCAGGUGGACUCAGUGCUCCUGAUACCCCUCAAGCCCGCUACCUUCGCACAUUCGGCGGCAUCGGUAAUGUUACUCAAUUCAGGGCACCGCCACCACCUGCAGUCGACUCGCCAGAGUAUCAAGGUUUUGUCGAAUAUGUCAAGGCCCAAGGAGACCAGAACUCGACAGUACGCACUCCAUACGAUACGGAGACUGCGCUCUUUUGGCGGGAGUCCUCGCCAAUUCAAUGGAACAGGUUCGCGUACAAUGUCAUUGGUGAUCGCUAUGCUGCGAAUGUACUGUUGGCGGCUAAAUUUGCUGUGCAGCUGAAUUAUGCACUUGCGAAUGCAGCCAUUGCUGGCUGGGACGCAAAGUCCUUCUAUAAUGGAUGGAGACCCGUCACCGCCAUUCGCCGCAACGACACAUGGUUGCCAAGCGGCGACACGAUUUCGAAGCCAGACUGGACGCCACUCUUGAGUCCUACGCCAAACCAUCAAGAGUAUACAUCAACCCAUGCAUGCUUCGGUGGUGCUGCAGCGGCUGUGAUCAAGGCGUGGAACAACGGAUCAGAUACUAUCAACAUUCACCAGACCACGAACAUCACGGGCCGCGGCGUGGUCGCCAGACCUUAUACGAGCAUCCAGCAGGCUGUGAAAGACAACGGAGAUAGUAGAGUGUUCGGUGGCAUACACUUCCAAUUCUCUUCGGAUGUUGGUUCCAUCGUUGGCAACAAAGUUGGCGAGGCUACUAUGGAAGCUUUCGAGAACGGCUGGGACGAGUUCUGAUCUGUAGACGCUCAUCCAUUGUCCACACGUUGACAUGUCGUCCUAAACCCUUGUCCUCAAAGUGUAACUUGCGCUCUAUCC